CAGUGCAAAUGCCAGCCUCCUGGGAACCACUGUAGCCACUGCAGCGCCUCAGAGCCAGUCCUCAUCUGGUACAAAUAAGGGGUUGGCCAUAGGCCUCGGAGUGGCUUUGGGAAUCCUCUGCCUGCUCAUUAUCCCUGCCAUCUUCUUCAUCAUGAAGCGGCGGAGACAUAAGCAGCAAGCCGCAAACAGCAAGAUGGACCAUCUUGGCUCGGUGCCGAGCGGCUUUGGGGGCAGCCCAAACAGCACGCUAGCCACAAGUAAGCAGGCGGAGCUCGGUGGCUUUGCUGCAGGGAAGCUCGGCUUCCCGAAGAAAAAGGGGAUGCGGCCGGUGACACCGCGCGCUACGGCGGCGCCACCUGGCGGGGCAGGUGAGUCAGCGCAGACCGGGAUUGCGCGCAUGCUGCCGGCCGGAAUCGUGUCCAAGCGCUUCCAGCAGCUGUUCAAAGGCAAGGGGCAUGCAGAGGAGGAUCUGAGCGUGGCGGAGCGCGGCCUCAGCACCACAAGCACGCACUCGCAGGCGCCAGAGAUUCCGCUGCACCAUGAGCCCAGCCCCACCAAGGACCUGGAACGCCCUGGCACGGCCGCCGCACCCUCGCAUGACACCCCCGCGGGGGACAGAGAUGCCGCCGCGAAGCUGCAGCGGGCGGCGGCGGCAGCCGGGGCGGCGGUGGCGGCAGACGGCGUACCGGCCGUGCCGGCAGCGGCAGCGCGGCGGCCACUGCCGCGGGGCAGCAUCGAGCACGAGGUCCUGCCGAUCAAGCUGUCGGGGCGCGCCAGAUCAGGCUCCAUCGCCGGGGGGCCCGCCCCCGCCGCGGUGGCCGACAGGCCGGCACGGGGGGACCGCAUCUCACAUAACAGCACCAAGAUCAAGCUGGGCGGGAAGUAUGAUGGCCCCAAGUGAGGCC